AUGGUUUGCUAUCUGAUUGUAAACCCUGACCCGCGGACACCGGGAAACUAUACGAAUGUGGGCGGCCAUCGAGGCUUCCUCGUCAAACUCGGCGACGGCGAACUUGGAGACAGAUACCAAGUCCACAAUCCCACUGCCUAUGGAGUUCAGAACCGCAAUCAUAGACGCGACGACAAGUUCCGCCAUAAUGUCACCGGAGACGGCAUCCGUGCUAAUGAGGAAUACGCUCUAGCCAAGGCGCUGGAGUAUCAAUAUUUCAAAUGGGAUGAUCUCGACCCAGCAAGAACUGAAUGGCAUAAAGUAGCAGAGGCGGAUUAUGGUCUGACACUGGAACAAAUCCGACAAAAGCUUGUCCGAGCGAUCCAGCUGUUCCCGUCCGUCAGAUAUGGCAAGAACUUGGAUUCCUGUUCUCCUCAGGAGUUUGAUGAUCUCAUGGAGGAAAUCGGCUCUAAUGAGGUUAACCUAUAG